AUUGAUCUAUCUAUAAAUAAUGAAUUAAAAAAGUACAAUAUAAAUAUUUCUACUAUUUUUUGUGAUGUAACCAGGUACCAUCAUUCCAUUUAUAAUAAGGUUUUUUGAGACUCAGUUCCAUACAAUCCUAUCUUGAAAAAAAAUGACAGGCAGACAGACACGUGGAAAAGUUUUUAUAUUAACAUUCGAUCCUUAGCAGAAUUACCAGCCACAUCGUCAGUUGAUAUCAUGGCGUCAAAAGCAAAUGUCACCUUCAACGUCCUUUUAAUAUCAGUGGCGAUUAUUGUUGGAAACAUAAUAAGACUAAAAGUGAUCCCGAUCGACAGUGAGGUCAAACAGUUCCUCGGCUACCACGAGGACUCGUAUCUCAAUUUCACACAAAUAAGUGGCAAAUACGGUUUUGUGUCUGAAGAACAUACUGUGAUAACUGAGGAUGGAUACAUUCUUACCAUUUUCCGGAUAAGAAGAAAGGAGUGCACCCAGUUUAAACGACCUCCAGUGAUUCUCAUGCAUGGACUUCUCCAGAGCGCAGACGCUUGGCUAGAUGCUGGUCCAAACGCAGGGUUAGCUUAUUUAAUAGCAGAGCAGUGCUACGACCUGUGGGUUGGAAACCAGCGCGGGAACUACUAUUCCAGAAGACACGUCCAUAUGAACCCAGACAGCAAUCCCAAAUUUUGGCAAUUUUCUGUCGACGAAAUCGGACUCUAUGAUAUACCUGCUACCAUAGAUUAUGUUUUAAAAAAUACUGGAGAAUCAAAGGUGAACUAUGUUGGUUUCUCCCAGGGUGCUGGGACGUUCCUAAUUAUGUGUUCAGAAAGACCUGGAUAUUGUGACAAAGCAAACGUUUUGAUAGGAUUGGCUCCUGCGGCGAGACAAACUUAUACCAGGUCAGUGACAUAUAGAACAUUUGCGGAAGCGAUUAACAAAUUCGAAGGAGUAUUGUCUUUAACGGGGUUCUAUGAAAUUUUUUCUAAAGGUGCGAUUGGACAAGAGUUCCUUUCUUUUCUGUGCAAGUUUAGAGUGAUCUCGGAGGUUUUUUGUGAGUCGGUUCCGGCUUUAAUCGACGCGUAUCAUCCGGGUUCCGUGGAUGAUAAAACUUUACGGGUGCUGUUCGGUCAUUUUCCGGCCGGUACCUCCAUACACAACAUAGCGCGAUAUGGACAGAGUAUGCAAUCAGACAGGUUUCAAAAAUUUGAUUAUGGAGCAAGAAAUGUAGAGAUUUACGGCGUGGAGCAGCCACCGAUGUACAAUCUGACUGCAGCGACCGUGCCUUUUGUAGCAUUAUACGGAAGAAAUGAUCACUUAGUGGACACAAAGGACGUGGUGUGGUUGGUGAAGCAAUUGCCGAAUGUGUUGGAAGCGAGGGAAGUGGCCGACCCGUUGUGGAACCACCUCGACGUGACCUACAGUCAGCUCAACAAACGAUUGAUAUUUCCUAAACUGAACCAGUAUUUAUCGAAGUACAGUAAAGUCUAACUUGCUUCACAUUUAUUUUUAAAAAGUGAUCUCCAAAAUUAGUUAAUAAUAAAAUGAGUAUUAUUAAGGUGGUAUGAAUAAAAUAGAAUUUUCAUCGCUUACAUUAUUUUGGAUCAUAUGAAUUGUAGUGUUCAUUUAAUAACUAGGUAUGAAGUGACUUGUGAUAAAACUAUGUUAGUACUUAGUACCUCGUUAAGAACAAGCAAAAAACUCUAGUAAUUCUUUUAAUUUUUUUUUUUACAAUUGUCUUAUUAUUUAAAGUAUUAUUAUUGUUAAUAACCGGAUGUUCUUCAAAUACACGCAUCUUUGUCAUAUACAUAUAUCAUUAUCAGAAUAUGCCGUUUCAUGGUCGAAAUUUUUACAUAAAAGGAGACUUUUACAAAAUUUUAUUGUAUGUAUUCAUUUACCUUAAUGAUCGGUUUAAAAUGUUUAUUAUUAAAACUAAGGACAUAUCCGUAAA